AUGGCGCUCUCCUCUCACUAUCACGAGCACAAGCCGAAUGUGCCGAUCAUCAUGGAGGACGUGUUCGGCUGGGUCCGCGAGGGAAACGCAUUCCAGGUUCGCGUCUGGCUAGAUGACCACGAGCACGACCUCAACGUCGGUGACGAUCAUGCGUUCUCGUUGUUACAUUGGGCUUCGAAGGAAGGCCACGUAUCCAUCGUUGAGAUGCUUCUGUCGAGAGGAGCGCGAGUGAACGCCACCAACAUGGGCGACGACACUAGUCUCCAUCUAGCUGCCGCCCACGGACACAGACCUAUUGUCGUUAAGUUGCUAGCUCGAAAAGCUGAUGUGCAUGCGACUAACGAGCACGGAAUGACUCCAUUACACUAUGCCUGUUAUUGGGGAUUUGAGCAGAUCGCAGAGGAUUUGAUCGUUUCCGGAGCCCAAAUUGGAGCAUGCAACAAGCGGGGACAUACCCCGAUGGAUGUUUGUCAAGGUCCGUCUCGACAAGCUAUAGCUGAGAUUGCGAUAGAAAACGGCCAGAAUCCGAACGAACGAAUCCCGUUCAAAGAUCAAACAUGGAAAGGCACGAAGUCUCGUACUCGUGAUGCGACUCUCUCCCGAUACACCGGAGUCGAUGUCUCGUCGCUCAAUCUAAUCACUAAGGUUGCCGAAUCUCAUUCGGGCGAACUUUGGCGCGGUAAAUGGCAAGGAAAUGAGAUUGUGGCCCGGAUUCUAGCCGUUCAGGAAGUCACUCCAAGAAUCUCCCGCGAUUUUCAAACCGAAUUUCCGGCACUCAGGAUCUUUGCGCACAGCAACAUCUGUCCCGUGUUGGCGGCCGCUAAUCAGCCCCCGAAUUUAGUCGUCAUCAGUCAAUACAUGCCUUUCGGAAGCCUAUACAAUGUACUGCAUGAACAAAGCUCCGUAGUCAUCGAUCAUAGUCAAGCAAUGCGCUUUGCCGUCGAUAUCGCCCGUGGAAUGUCCUAUUUACAUAGCUUGGAUCCCCCCAUUCUAAGGUUUUAUUUGUCAUCGAAACAUAUUGUAGUAGAUGAAGAGUUAACUGCAAAGCUCUCCAUGGCGGAUACAAAGUUUUCGUUCCAAGAAGUAGGACGAAUAUACUCACCAGCUUGGAUGAGUCCGGAAGCACUCCAACGAGAUCCAGAAGAUCUGAAUAUCCGUGCUGCUGAUAUGUGGAGCUUUGGUAUUUUAUUAUGGGAAUUGAACACCCGUGAGGUGCCAUUCGCCGAUCUUUCACCCAUGGAAUGUGGCAUGAAGAUUGCACUUGAAGGUUUGCGAGUUCAAAUUCCUCCUGGUAUUGCACGAAACAUGGCUCGAUUGAUGAACAUUUGCCUGAACGAAGAUCCGGGGAGAAGACCAAAUUUCGACCAGAUUAUUCCCAUUCUUGAGAAGAUGUCAUAA